GCGGGCGCAUGGCGCAUGGCGGGCGGCGAUGGCGGCGAUGGCGGCGGGCGCAGCCCUGCGGCGCGGCCCGCGCUGGCGCUGCGCGGGGCCAUGGCGGCGGCGAGCGGCGGCGGGCGGCUGCUGGCGGCGCGGCCCGGCCGCAGCGGUGAUGAGAAUCUCUUCGUGUACGAUUGCAGCAGUGCAGAGAAACAGCCCUUAGGAGAGAAGGGGCAGGAUGGAAAAGGGACAGAUAAAGGAAGUGAUGACAUCCUGGCUUUUGCCUUCUCCCCAUCAGGAGAUUAUUUUGCCCUGACAGACGACAACAAACGCCUGAUUCUGUUCCGUACCAAGCCUUCCUGGGAAUGUGUUAGUGUCAGGUUUGUGAACAGGAGAUGCACAUCCAUGGUUAUCACAGCUGCAGAGGAUAAGAUUUUUGUUGCAGAUAAGUCUGGUGAUGUCUAUUCUUACUCAAUAACAGAACCUCAAGCAGAUGGAAAACUUGAGCUGGGUCAUGUCUCUCUGCUAUUGGAUGUGGCCCUGAGUCCUGAUGACCGGUAUAUCCUAACUGCAGACAGAGAUGAGAAGAUCAGAGUCAGCUUGACAAAGGCUCCCUACAGUAUUGUAUCCUACUGCAUGGGACACAGAGAGUUUGUAAGCAAAAUACUCAUAGUACCCAACUGUCCUGACCUGCUGUUGUCAGCUUCUGGGGACUCCACUCUGAGACUCUGGGAGUAUAAAAGUGGAGAAGAAGUCCACUGCUGUCAGCUGAGUACCAUCUGUGGGUCUCAGGCAACCAAACCAGACCAGAAAUACACUGUGUCAAGAAUAACCUACUGCUGUCAAGGUGGUUAUGUUGCCAUUCUGUGUGACAGUAUUCCCACAGUCUACAUCUUUCAUCUUGAUACCACUGCCCAGCAGCUGGUUUACAAACAGCAGAUCCCUCUGAAACACAAAGGCUGGGACAUUGCAUUUGAGGAAACAGGAGACCUGUGGAUUUUGCAGGAAGACAAGGAAGCUCCUCUUCUUUUGUACAGAGCAUAUGAUGGACAGUGGAAGGCUGUAAAUGAUGACAAAGGAUUAGAGAAGAUGUCAAAAUACAUUCAAGACAACUGGACAGUGUUUGAAGGUUUUGUUGGUGCAGAGAGCUACUACAGCCACCUCUACAAGGCCUCCUUUGAUAACAUGGACGAGUACCUGCAGAGGAAGGAGGAGAGGCUGCAGCAGCAGAAGAAGAAAAGGCAGGAUCUGCAACAUGGUUCCAGUGGGCAGGCAAAAAAAAAGGUGAAGACUGAAGAGCCAACCCUAUGACUGCUAUGAGCUUGUGACCUUUGCCUUGAGGAAGGGAAGAGAUCCAACUGGGGACUGUUUUUACAUAAAAAGUGAAUUAUGCAAAAGGACUGGUUUAAAGUUUUAUUCAGGUUUUAAGGCAGGCUGAUCUGACAAUAUCCUGUUUGCACCAAAUAAUACAUUUACAACAUACCUAAACUUUCUAGCAGAAUACAAUGUUAGUGGCUCAGUCCUGGGAAUCUCUGAUGCAUGUUAUAUGAAUAUUGGAGAUGACAUUUUCCUUGGAACAGGAUUUUCUUUUUGCCUACUGUGUUCAGGCUUUUUUAGGUGGAAACAUGCUGAUUAAAGUGGAUGCAACUUUGUUUUUAUUACUUUUGGUUUGGGUUGUUUUGGGUUUUUUAAAAAAACUUUUUUAAAAAAUCUCUUGGUUAAUGUAACUAACAGUGUACUUGGGUAUGGGAAAGGAAGUGUAGAAAAAAUCCUUGCUGGGGAUGAGAGGUUUUAGCUGAGACUUUGCCUUCUCUGUUUUUUAUCCUUAAACUUGGGUUCAUAUGGUUGGGAUUUUGCCUAGCUUCUAAUCUAUUACUUCUUACUUGUGGAACAUCUCUACAGGAAGAAGUGCAAAAGUUAAUUUUGUAUGCUGCAAAGUAAAAGUAAAAUGUGUCAGUCAA